ACAAGUUACCUCAGCAGAGGUCGUGGAGGUGGGGGGAAUGACUGGAGCUGCAGUUAAAACUGAUUACACUUCUUUGUGUAAUGUAUUGGUAAUAUUGCAGCUGUGAGUUAUGCAGAGCAGGCCAAAAAUACACACAAAAGAAGAAAACCCAGGCCAAAACAAUGACAGACAGAAAUGGUCAGUUCUGGAACAGACAGAAAAAUGGAAUUUCAGCACAGUACCGCCGCUUUGAAUUUUCUGCUUUGAACCAAUUGAUGUUAGCAGCUAUCUACAGCAGAAGUGUGAAGGAUCUUAGUGGACUUUAAUUUGAGACCGUGGAAGUUUGGAAAUCAGCAGAAAGCUGUAAAAACAGGAUAACUGAAACUUCGUCAUGAAUAAAACUAACAGCGUUGCAGCUGCCAACAGUGAGAGUAGCACGGACAAAGUCUCGGCCUCUGAUCAUUUGGGUUCCGAAGCACAGAGUUCAGCAAUGGAACCAUAUCUUGUACGAAGACUUUCAUUUCAUGCUCUGCAACUUCCUCCACUAGCCUUCAGAAUGGCUGAACAACAUGACUUGGAAAAGAAAACAGAAACAGAACGUAUACCAAGACCAACAACUCUUCCAUUGAAGCCUCUUCCUUUAAUUGCCAUCACUGCUGCAGACAACACAAGAAUUUAUUACUGGCAGCUGGUCUAUCAAAACUGUGUGGAACACUUAUGCUGGGUUACAGAAUGA